GGCUACACUAGUGCUUAAAAAAGAAACACAGGCUACCCAAGCCAUAGAAUAUAAACAUAACGGUUUGUUUUGAGGUGUGUAUACGUUUAUUGUUAACCGCUUCGCGUCGGAGUCACACGCUGAAUAUCUAUUGUUCUGCUGCUCGAUUACUUUGGCCUGAUUCCGCCGACGUUACCAGAUCGACGUAGCGGCUAUUUUGGUCUGGAACUGAGAACGUGCUGGAAGUAAACGACUGCGUUAUUAUAAUCGCACAAGCCUGCUAUCCUGAUUUUUUUUUUUACCCAGCCUUAUUUUCUUCUAGGCUUACUUUGUAGUUUGCAAUGCGAUCGGGCUCAUAAUGUGUGACAGCGUGGUUCUGACGGUGCGUCUGGUUCGGUCCUUUGAGCAUCGAAACUUUAAACCGGUGGUCUACAAAGACGUUCAUUUAGACCAAACAGUGGGGGAGUUCAUUACAUUUGUCAAACAAGACGUUUCAACAAGAGCCGGGCUGCCUCCACCUUUUAAGAAGUUUGACUAUGACACAAUGAAAAUUAUUCACCAGGCACAUGGAGCAAAGACAAAUGAGCUGGUGAUGAGUUUAGAGGACGAUGAAAAGUUCAUUCUUCGUGACGGCUGCAGGUUAAGGGCAUCUGGUGUUGCCAAUGAGACAGAACUUGCCUUCUUCAAAAUGGCCGAUUAUGAAAAGUUCAAGGCCAAUCCACAGACGGAAUGGUGAUGACCAUCAACACAAGAGCUCUUGGAGUAUUUAUUUACCAGAGGCGCUUCUUUUCAUCUGCGACAAGCAAGCGACCUCUUCGAAGUUGAAUCGUAACGUUUAUUUUAAUUUCCUUUAUAGCUGUAUUUUUUUAGAUUUAUUCUUAACAUUUGAACGACUGCAGCAUAGUUUCAGAUGUACACGUUUGACACACAAUUAUUUUUGGAGGGCAUGAAUACUGUAAAUUCUAGUGUAAAAAUGUGCAUUUGGAAUGGCAAUUAUUUUAUGUACUUUUAUUUUAUUUACAACAAAUCAGAUACCAGAUAUCUUGUUUUAUUUCAGUGACGUCUUGGAAAGUGAUCGCCGUUUUGUUAAAUAAAGUUGAAUGUCUAAAUCAUGCUUUAACAACA